AUGUACGAAUGCCUGGGGGCUAGUAGGGGCCUCGUUCAUGGCACCGCCUGGAGCGAAUCUCGUCAUCACCCACGAGGCAUGAGGGGCAUGAUCCCGCAUGGAAGCUCCGCGAAGCUGGCGCGAAGGGGACCUCGAUGGUACAACGGGCCAAACCAAAACAACAGGUGCCUGGCUUUGACGGCGUGCUGCGCGGCGCUGCACUGGAGCUCCAGGGCUUUGUCCAUCCCGAUCGGAGCUAGCAUCACGGACAAUGUCAGGCACGCACCCAUCCCAGCAGCAGCUCCUCGUCCAUUGCUGUGCCGUCCCCAGCAAGGUGGUUUGAGGGGCGUGCGGAUGGUCGUGAGACAGAGGCUGGACGGUCCAGUCAACGGGCUGCGACGUGCAGCGGCGGUACCUACGCAUAACACGACCGCCCGCCGGAGCGUAGGCCCGAGGUACACCUACACCUACACCUACACCGCACAGAACAUGUCGCAGUUCUCCUCCCUCUCUGCCCUUGAGCCCCGGCUGGAGCUCUCCACCAGAUACGGGGCGUCCCCACUGAACCGGUCACUGGGGAGGGGCCGGCUUCACUGGGGGUCUGGGGAGGAGGAGGAGGAGUCGCUGGCCGGGGAGGAAACAGCACAAAGCCUGCGGACCGCUAGAUGCUGGACCGCUAGAUGCUGGACCACUGAGGGCUGGUCGUCUCAUCCACCCCGCCGAGCACGUUUCGCUGCGUCGUGGUGCGUGUUGCUGGCCGAUUCUUGCGUCUUUGCGAAAGCCAUUACGCCAACGAAACUCUCUUGUUCGACCAACCCGCAGCCCGCCCUCCCCGUCGACGGCCCGUUUCUUUCUUCCGGCUGGCCGGGCCCUUCGGGGGUACCUGGAGCCAAAGUGUAAAGGAAACCCAAAAACGAAGGGAAAAAAAACGCUGUUCCUGUCAUUGAUGAUACGUGAGAAUGCUACCGCUGCUACGUGCGAAGUUCUAGGUUCCCACUGGAGCGCGCGGGGGCCCAGCGUACCUACCUAAGGUAGGUACAGCUACUGUACCUACUGAGGUAGCUAAGGCAUGCCGGAUGCUCUCUCGUGCUUCCAUCGGAAGCUUUCCCAACCUAACGCUGCCGGAAUCGGGGCAUGUGGACUUGGAUUGGAUCGCGGUGUCGGUCCUCAUGCAGGCCGAGUUGCUAGGACUUGUUCGGAGAAUGCGGCUGGCAGAACGAUGAGACAUGUCAUGGAUUGCGUCGCUCGACAUGGCUCAGCAAGGUGCCUCUUUUUAUUUUUAUUUUUAUUUUUGGUCGGAAGACGAGGAGCAAGCAGCACAGCACAGCGCAGCAUAACACAGCACCACUAACCAGCAACCACCAAC